AUGCGGUCUGACGCAGAGGACGCAGAGAUGUUGUCCACAGCUCAGCAGAUGCUUCAGGACAGUCGCACAAAGAUCGAACUUAUCCGUCUCCAGCUGCUCAGGGCGGCUCAGUCUGGUGUCCACGGCAACCAGGACCAGAACCAGGACCAGGACCAGCACCAUGACCAGCACCAGGACCGGGACCAGGACCCUGGGGAAGCAGACACACACAACCAGAGAGGAGUGAGGGACUGUGUGGAGCCCCGUGUGGCCGAGCUGCGUCACUACAUCCAGAGAGAAACAGACGCUCUGACUCUGGCCAAAGAUGUGGUCCAACAACUGCAGGGCAUCACCGCUCUGGACCGCAGCGCUCUGGACCAGGCCGAGUCCCGGCUCCAAGAGUCCUCUCAGAAACUGGAUCUGCUUCAUCUGUCGCUGGAGAAAUAUGUGAAAAACCUGACCUCGGACCAAGAGGAGAACCACAGCAGACCUCCUCUCUGCACCUCCUCCUCCAACCACUCCAUCAGACCUGCCUCGCUCACUGGGAAACUUGAAGUCUCGCUGCUCGGAUGUGAGGGUUUACUGGAGCCCGCCUUAAAUUCACUUCAGCAAACGACCUCUGAACCUGGAACCUUCCAAACCGCUCCACCUCAGCUGACAGAGAACCUGACAGAGAACCUGACAGAGAACCUGACAGAGAACCCGACAGAGAACCCGACAGAGAACCCGACAGAGAACCCGACAGAGAACCCGACAGAGAACCCGACAGAGAACCCGACAGAGAAUCCGACAGAGUACCUGACAGAGAACCCGACAGAGAACCCGACAGAGAACCCGACAGAGAACCUGACAGAGAACCCGGCAGAGAACCCGGCAGAGAACCCGGCAGAGAACCCGGCAGAGAACCCGACAGAGAACCCGACAGAGAACCCGACAGAGAACCCGACAGAGAACCCGACAGAGAACCCGACAGAGAACCCGACAGAGAACCCGACAGAGAACCCGACAGAGAAUCCGACAGAGUACCUGACAGAGAACCCGACAGAGAACCCGACAGAGAACCCGACAGAGAACCUGACAGAGAACCUGACAGAGAACCCGGCAGAGAACCCGGCAGAGAACCCGGCAGAGAACCCGGCAGAGAACCCGACAGAGAACCCGACAGAGAACCCGACAGAGAACCCGACAGAGAACCCGACAGAGAACCUGACAGAGAACCCGACAGAGAACCCGACAGAGAACCCGACAGAGAACCCGACAGAGAACCCGACAGAGAGCCCGACAGAGAACCCGACAGAGAACCCAACAGAGAACCCGACAGAGAACCCGACAGAGAACCCGGCAGAGAACCCGGCAGAGAACCCGACAGAGAACCCGACAGAGAACCCGACAGAGAACUUGACAGAGAACCCGACAGAGAACCCGACAGAGAACCCGACAGAGAACCCGACAGAGAACCCGACAGAGAACCUGACAGAGAACCCGACAGAGAACCCGAUGCUGCGGCUGGACGGCAGAGUGGUCGGCCGGACGCCGUGGGCCUCCGCCGGGAAACUGACCUGGGAUCAGCACUUCUGUGUGCAGCUGCAGCGGUCCCGGGAGCUGGAGGUGUGUGUGUUCGGCCGUGAGUCUCGGACCAUGUGUGCGCUGAAGAUUGUGCGUCUGGAGGAUGUGAUGGACACGAAGGAGCUGCAGACGCUAAAUAUGGAACCACAGGGACAGCUCCAUGUGGAGUUCAAUUUCAUUGAGACGAUUGUGGAGCGACAGCAGAAAGUGCGGAGACAGCGCUGCAUCUUCACUAAAGAACGAGGUAAGAACUUCCUGCGUGCGGCUCAGAUGAACAUGAACUUUGCGACCUGGGGCCACGUCAUGAUGAGGAUCCUGCCUCGAUACUCCUCCUUCUCCUCCUUCUCCACGUUCAGCUCCUUCCACACGGCUCCAGAGUUCUUCACCUCCUCACACACACAUCCAGACACAACAGACCCUCCCAACACACUGCCAACUGACCCUCCCAUCAUCAACGUGAGCAUCUCAGACUCUCCUGCUCCCAGCGGCCUCCACAGAGACCCGCACAGAGACCUGGACAGAGACCCCUUCAGAGACCCCCUCAGAGACCCCCACAGAGACCUGGACAGAGAGACCUCCUGUGGCUCCGAGCUCCAGGAGAACACGUCGUCUCUCAGUGAUUCAGAAGGAACCGAAGACCUGCCCCUCACUGCUCUCAAGAUGCAGAGAGAAGAUUUCAGAUACGUGUCUGUUUUGGGCAGAGGACACUUUGGAAAGGUUUUGUUGGCAGAGUUUAAGAAAAAGGGGAAACUUUACGCCAUAAAAGCCUUGAAGAAGAAAGAGAUCGUGACCCGGGACGAGGUGGACAGUCUGAUGAGUGAGAAGCGGAUCUUCGAGAUGAUCAAUGCGUCCCGACAUCCGUUCCUGGUGAAUCUUUUCGGCUGUUUUCAAACCGAGGAACACGUGUGUUUCGUGAUGGAGUAUCUGCCCGGAGGAGACCUGAUGAUACACAUCCACACGGAGCCGUUCAGCGAGGAGCAGGCCAGGUUUUACUCGUCCUGUGUGGUGUUGGCGCUGGAAUUCCUCCAUCAAAACAAAAUCAUCUACAGAGACCUGAAGCUGGACAACAUCCUGCUGGACAGAGAUGGAUACGUGAAGAUGACCGACUUUGGACUUUGUAAAGAAGGGAUGGGUCACGGGGACCGCACCUCCACAUUCUGUGGGACCCCAGAGUUCUUGGCCCCGGAGGUUCUCACAGACGAUAACUACACACGAGCAGUGGACUGGUGGGGGCUGGGGGUCCUCAUCUUUGAGAUGCUGGUGGGAGAGUCUCCGUUCCCGGGGGAGGACGAGGAGGAGGUGUUCGACAGUAUAGUGAACGAUGACAUCCAGUACCCGCCCUGCAUCCCUCCCACCGCUGUGGCCACUCUGCAGAAGCUGCUGAAGAGAAACCCUUUAAAACGACUCGGUUCUGGUGAAAGAGACGCCAACGAGAUCAAGGGAGAGAAGUUCUUUGAGACCAUAGAUUGGGACGCGCUGCUGCAGAAGGAGGUCUCUCCCCCGUUCCUGCCGAGGAUCAAAGCGUCUCUGGACGUGAGUAACUUCGACAGUGACUUCACCGCUUUGAGGCCGGAGCUGUCUCCCCCUUCCUCCCCCACCGCCCUCACCCAGGAGCAGCAGGACGCCUUCCAGGACUUUGAUUUCUGCGCACUGCACGGUCGUUCUGUGGUCAUGGUGGUGUCGGAGCUCACUGGCGCCCCUGGUGGCCAUGUGUGGUACUGCAGCGAGCUGGUGUCAGCUCACUGGCGCCCCUGGUGA